AUGUUACCUCGCGACAAGCGGUACGUAGCGGUUAUCCUACAGUUGUGUCUAACAUUGCAGCGUGCUUUUGGUCAGCAGUGUGCCAACAGUCCUUACCGUACGUUUGAUGGGACCUGCAACAAUCUGGUCACCCCAUCCUGGGGUGCUGCCAAUACACCUUUCGUGCGCAUUGUGAACCCCAAGUACGGUGAUGGAAAAUCCAGUCCCACCUUGGCAAGUGACGGCAGUGAGCUACCGAACGCUAGGUUGCUUUCUGUUGAGGUUUUCCAGGAGGGCGUACAGAACAGCCCCGAGUUUACCCUGGCCAACAUGCAGUUUGGGCAAAUCGUUGCUCAUGAUAUGGCACUAACGCGUGGAGUUCUUGAUGCUUUGCCCUGCUGUGCUAAUGGGCGCUUACAGCCAUCGCGUGGACCGCGAUGCUUCCCGAUCCCUGUGUCACCCGAUGAUCCAGUGUUCUCGGUCCGAGGUAUUGAGUGUUUGAACCUGAUCCGUACGCUAAACACCUGCGACGAAAAUCCUACCAACUGUACCAAGGCGGAGCAGAUUAAUGCUGUUACCCAUUUUCUGGAUCUGUCUAUCGUGUACGGAAACUCUGCUCAGCAGAGCCUUCAGCUUCGCGAACCCAACACGGGUUUGUUGAAGGUGGAAACCCGUGAUGGUCAGGCAUGGCCCCCAAGACAUCCGAAUGCCAGCAGUGCCUGUACGCAGCGAACGCCGAACGAUGUUUGCUAUCUUACCGGCGAUGGACGUGCGAAUCAGAGCCCACAUUUGGCGAUUCUUCAAAUUACGUUCGUGCGGGAACAUAAUCGUAUCGCCACCGGUCUACAGGCGCUAAAUCCAAGCUGGACGGCUGAGAAACUCUUCCAGGAAGCACGGCGUAUUAACAUUGCCCAGUACCAGCACAUCGUGUUCACCGAGUGGCUGCCGAACUUUCUGGGUCGGGACUUCAUGAUCCAGCGUCAAUUGAUUUAUCAGGAGCUGGCUAUUAAAAAUGAUUACGGAGAUACCAUUCAUCCUGGAGUGAUAAACUCUCACACAACGGCUGCGUUCCGAAUUUUCCAUUCUUCCAUACAGGGCCAACUGAAACUCUAUGAGGAAAGUCGACGAUCGUUGUCCAAGAUCGACAUCAACGAUCACACGAACAAUCCGAACAUUCUAGAACAAACGUCCGAUCGGUACCCUUAUCUGCUGCGGGGACUUGCUACCCAACCGAUGGGUGUGAACGAUGCCAGUUUCGAUCCGGCUACGAAACAUUUCCUCUUCCGGUUCGACGACAUGUUCGGCACGGAUCUGAAAUCGCUCGACAUUCAACGUGGUCGCGACCACGGUUUGGGAGGAUACAAUGAUUUUGUGUUUUUGUGCUUGAACCAGCGUGCUACGACGUGGGCAGAUUACAACCAACUGCUGGUGCCGGGGGCCGUCGAUCUUCUCGCAAUCUACUACAAGUCGGUGAACGAUCUUGAUCUCUCCGUUGGAUUGGCGUUCGAGAAGAAGGUGGACGGCACCGAGUCCGGCGUGGUGACGCGUUGCAUAUUGGCCGAUCAGUUCCGUCGCACCAGGAAGGGGGAUCGGUUUUUCUACGAAAAUGGUAAACAUUUCACCGAAAAGCAGAUCGCGGAAAUUCGCAAAGCAAAAAUGGCACGCAUUCUGUGCGAUACAACAGCUAGCGUUACGCAGAUACAGCCAGCAGUGUUCUUGCUACCGUCGAACAUUAAUCAGCUGACAGCGUGCCGAACGCUGUCAACUCCAAAUCUUAAGGAGUUCACGUAA